CGACUCGGAGCGAAAUAGUCCAAAACGCAGCUGAUAAGUGGAUAAGAGUCCAGUGUAGAUGUGAUCUCUUUUAAAACUGUUUAAAAAGCAUCUCAGGGAAAUUCCUCAAGAAAUCUGUCGAGAAAACGCCAAGAAUACAUUUCUGGAAAUUCUAGGUGAAAAUGGCAUCUACAAUUUCCUAUUCCUAGUCACCCAGGUGUACUGGUGUGUCAGACAGGCAAUGCAAGAAUCACUCCUCCAUCACGUGUAGACCUCUAAGCACAGUGUACAGAUACACACUCAUCAUACUGUGGUCAUCCAAGGUCACACAUGACAACACAUUAAGGCUCAUUCCAUCCACUGGGUUUUCCAGAGACACAGCUUGAGCUGAACAUACACAGAAAAACCACAGCCUUUAAACACAGUGAGGCAGUGUGAGGUCAGACCUCCUUUUCUUUACUCGUUUAUGCUAAACUAGUUGUCUUUGUGGGUCAGAUAGGUCAGGCUGUUUCAGAUCAAUAGCUAAAGGAGGACAUAUAAUCUCAGGCCAGAGCAACACAAUAGGUCCAUUGUUUUUCAGUUAUUAAGGUUUGGAUUAAACCCAUUUAAUUGAAGUGACCGAUCAAAAUUGCUAAUAACUAUAAGACCUCAAUAAUAUAUAGAACUAUCAUAAUGGUGAAUUCAAAAUAAAAAGCCCAGACUAAGACCCUGGCUGUUCUUCACAGACUCCUGGGUGUCCAUGGGCCAGCAAUGUAUCCAGACUGUGAUUAGGCACAACGUCAAGGAUUGUCGACAGCUGGUGUAAAUUUUCCCGACCUCUCUGAAAACACUUAAUAACUCAGUGUACAAGCUAUAACAUGAUACUAUAUUGGCCAUAAUGCCGGAGCCUUUCUGGACCCCUUGUCUGCACUUCCUGGAAAUGUUUAGAUUGCUGACACGGUGACGGGAAAACACCAGAGGGCAGCAGUGUGUCUCCAAAUCCCUGUCGGAUGCUUGGCAUGCUGAUGGAUAUGUAAUUGAUGAGGAGGAACUUGCCAAAUAUACUCUCAGAACACUAAACCUUUCACCCGACCCCCAUGUGGGCGAGCAGGACGCUAGGACCCAGUGGAUAAGGAGGCAGAAGAAUUUCCAAGUGUCGUUACUUUUAAACACCAAGUUCAUUUCCACGGCAUGUCAGUCUUCUACUUCUACCCAGAAAUACAAACACCAGAAGAAUAUGAUACAGUUGUUAAAAUGCUGUACGUUUAUCACAGGUUUUAUCACGUACGUGUGAGAUUCUAAGAUCUACAACACAAUACAAUGAUACAUAAAAUGGAUCUAGGGUCAAGUUUUCUAACCCAGGUGUGUUACAAGGAGAAUCACCCAGCCAUAUUGGUUCUUCACAGUCAAGUUGUUCUCAUAUAAGAUAUAAAUAGCAUAUAUUGGGAAACAGUAGAGCGACGGUGGCCAGGCAGCAUCGCAGAGAAAUUUCCUGAAUAUGUGGCUGACAAUUCUCUCUGGACACUCAUGGCCCCGAGCCCUAUGCUUCAGAAUAGUCUUGACAACAUCAGAUCUUCUGCUGGUUUGGUCCGAGGUCUGCAAGGUCAUCCAGCUGGCCUAUGGAGAAAUGGGAGGUAUAUAUUUAGCCUGGUGUGAGGCGUGUUGUGGAUAACACGUCCUGGGGCUCUCGGGUUUCGUGUUCAGAAGGCUUUUUGCAGGUUCUGGGGGGGCACUAGGAGGAACGUGGCAGCCCCCCCACAAGUAUUAGAAGACAGGCACCAUUUUCCCUUCACUUUCCAGAUCACUUUGUGGGUGACCAGCAUCCCAAACACACCUCCCAGUUUCAGUGUGGCAUCUCGUCAAAUUCAAUCCGCUCUGACUGAAAGGAGCAGAGAGAGCAACUCGCUGUCAGACAGGUUGGAGAAGCUAACUUUUUAGUUUUUCUUAAAUUGACUCAAGGAGGCCAUAAAGAACUUAGAGGGGCUCUGAGUUACUCUGCUCAGGUCCUGCGUGUGUUUGAGGAAGAGCGACAAUGGAUGUCCUGGCAUUAGAGGCGAAGGGGGUCAAGAGUGACGCUCCACCGCCUUCCAGCUCUAAGCCCAGACCUAAAGCACCCAAAAAACCUAAACGAAUCGUUUACUUCGAGGUGGAGAUUGUAGAUGCCAAAACAAAGGAGAAGCUGCUGCUCCUGGAUAAGGUUGAACCAUCUGCUACUAUUUUGGACAUAAAGUCAAUGUUCCACAAAUCAAAUCAGAGCUGGUAUCCAGCCAGACAGUCGCUGUGCCUGGACCCGAAGGGAAAGCCUUUGAAGGAUGAAGACGUCCUUCAGCAGCUUCCUGUGGGAACCACGGCGACCUUCUACUUCAGGGACCUGGGAGCCCAGAUCAGCUGGGGGACGGUGUUCCUGGCUGAAUGCGUCGGACCGCUCUUCAUCUACCUGAUGUUCUAUUUCAGACUGCCCUUCAUCUACGCCCCCAAGUAUGACUUCACAACUAGCAAACACUGGGUCGUGCAUAUAGCCUGUCUAUGUCACUCCUUCCAUUACGCCAAGAGGAUUCUGGAAACGUUGUUCGUGCAUCGCUUCUGCCAUGGCACCAUGCCGCUGCGCAACAUUUUCAAGAAUUGUUUGUAUUACUGGUUCUUUGCAGCCUGGAUGGCCUACUACAUAAACCAUCCGCUCUACACACCACCAUAUUACGGUGAGCAGCAAGUGAAGACGGCACUUGGGAUUUUUCUGUUUUGCCAGUUGGGGAACUUCUCGAUCCACGUCGUUCUGCGCAAUCUCAAACCUCCUGGUUCGAAGACGAAGAAGAUCCCAUAUCCAACCAAGAAUCCUUUCACGUGGAUCUUCACAGUGGUUUCUUGCCCAAAUUACACCUAUGAGGCAGGCUCCUGGCUGGGCUUCACUGUGAUGACUCAGUGCGUUCCUGUCGCCUUCUUCACCGUCAUCGGCUUUGUGCAAAUGACCGUGUGGGCGAGAGGCAAACACCGCGGCUACCUGAAAGAGUUUAAGGAGUACCCAACCCUGCGUUCACCCAUUCUGCCCUUCAUCCUCUAGCCUUAAUGCACACACAUGCGUUUAUUUAUAUCUAUCUAAUAUAUAUAUAUAUCAUACUAUCUAUCUAAUAUAUAUAUCAUACUUCUCUAGUUAAAUCAUAAAAGAGUAUCAUCAAAAGGAAAAAUAAAAUAAGACUAGCGAUCCCAAACUGAACCAAUGUGAAUAUCUUAAAUAGUCCAUUAGAUAAAACACUACAGAUUAGACAACACUUGUGAGUAUAACAUUUGAGUCAACUGUGUAUUUAAUUACGUCGCAAUAUGCAGGAAUAUAAUUUUUUAUUACGUAAUAAAAAAAAACGCACUAAUUGCUAACUUU